GUGCACCUAUAUCUAGAUCCAAAAGGCAGUGCUUUGUAACAUGCCCCAUUCCUUUUUUUUAUUUUUGUUGUAUCUUUAUAAACAUGGCUGAUAAUAUGGCUGGUCGGAGGGUGCGUGGAGUAGAUAGAGUACUUUCAAAAUUAGAAACUGCUGUGAAUGCUGGAAAUUAUUAUGAAGCACAUCAAAUGUACAGGACAUUAUAUUUUAGGUACCUCACACAGAAAAACUAUUCAAAAUUAUUAACUAUGCUAGAAGAUGGUGCCAAACUUUUACUUCAAAAUAAUCAGCAAGCAAGCGGAGCUGAUUUAGCGAUUCUAUUAGUGGAUGUUCUGGUCAAAUCUGAUACUCAACCUUCGGAUCUUUAUUUCUCAAAAAUUGCCAAGCUAUUUUCGAUGGUGUGUCGAGAGACCCCGGAACGUGAGAAUCUGCUGGCAGCCGCCCUACGCUGGUCUAUCAUUGGCUGCGAACAACACAAGUCGGGCCAUCCUAGUCUACACCAAGUCAUCGCUCAAGUGUUCUGGAAAGAAAAGAACUAUGUGAUGGCCCGAUACCACUUUUUGAGAUCGACCGACGGCUCAGGAUUUGCCACGAUGCUCAUCGAGCUCCAUAAAACUCGCGGCUAUGCCUGUGAAAUCGACUUAUUCAUAGCGCAAGUUGUCCUGCAAUACUUAUGUUUGCAUAACAAGAGGACGGCAACCGUUGCCUUUCAGAGCUACACGAGUCAGCACCCCAACAUCGACAAAGGUCCACCCUACAUACUUCCUCUCCUCAACUUCAUCUGGUUCCUUCUCAAGGUCAUUGAAAGCGGGAAACUAGCAGCUUUCAAUAUAUUGUGCAAACAGUACCAACAGAGUAUAGAGCGAGACCCGGCCUAUGUCGAAUAUCUUGACAAAAUUGCACAAAUAUUUUUUGGAGUCAAUCCUCCGCGACCACAGAAUUCAAAUGGAUUUUUCGGUGAUAUAUUCCAAUCACUGAUGAAUAGCGUUGAUGAAUUCGACUCGGAUGACGACGAGCCAAGCCACAUGUCUCGACCAUCCACUUCCUCUCAGCUCAGAAUGGAAACAGAGGCUUUGGACUAGACCCAGAUCCAGACCAUGUUCUGGCUGCAUCCACAAACUUGUGUGCUGUGUAUAUUCAUAUAUUAGACCUUUAUUAUACUUAUACGUAUAAUAAGUGAGUAUGUGAGGGACUUUGAUCCACCAAACCUAACGAAGCAGCGGUUCAGCCACUCUAACCAACUCCCAAAUUUCAUUCUACUAAAUCAUUGAAAAAAAAACUAAAACUGACAAACCCAUCUCUGUAAUUUCGCCAGAAAUGUUGCAUGAAAUACGUUGUAAAUAACAGAGUGAUGAGAAACAUUUGUAAAGAAAUAAUAUUGUAGUGUAAGAUAAUUCCAAUGAUUGGUAAUGAUUGUGAAAUUUGUAUUAAUUUGUGAUUAUUUUAUUUGUUAAUUUCUUUUUUAGUCGGAGUAAAAAAGCAAUAAUAAAAUUAUUUGUUUCAUUU